AUGGCGCGGGAGGUUGGGCCGGUGGUGGCUGAGUGGUUCAAAGGUGGAAGACAGCGUGGUCUGGAGGUUGAAGAAGGCACCCGCAGCCGGGCACAUGAUGGCCCAUUUACAGCCGGGCUGGCCCAUGUGGGCAGCCAGGAAGAAGAACAAACAGGGGAACUGCCAAAUCAGGCCAACUCUGCACCAAUGGAGACGGUGCAUAAAAAGGAGGCUAUGGGAACCACUUGCCCUGAGGAUAACGGCAAAGGUAAAGAUGGAUCAACCACGGAUGAACAAUACGAUCCGCAGGGACCUCCUUUCCCUCCAAGCGAUCUCAAAUCACUCAAGGAGUGGCUGAAAAAAACAAGUGCCGUACCUGCUAAUUACAAUGCAACAUCCACAAUCGUCCCGGGCCGUACUCCUCAGCGGGUACCUGAAGUCUUCUUCGAUAUAUUACCCCACUUGCGGCCAAUCCUGAAAAAGGAUAGUGUCAGGUCUUUCCUCCGCUUCUUAAAUCAGAAUGGAAGGGACAUGACACUGGGCUACAUCAUCAAACCAGAAGCUUUAAACGAGCUAGUCAUCACUAAUGCACUGCGAUGUGCCAAAGUUGUCUUGGUGGGAAAGAAUCCUGAGCUGCAUGGGUUCCGCGCCGAUCCCAACUGCAUGACUCAAUUUGGGUUCUUCCCCCUGCACCGAGCUGCUGAAAUGUUCUCUGUCGAUAUGAUUGAGUUGCUCUUGCACCAUGGCGCGUCGGCCAAUUUGCGCACAUCCGGUGCUUUAGUCAUUGACAACCUACUCCCGGUCCAUGUUGCGGUUGAGAACACUUGCCUGCAUAAGUACCUGGAAGACGGUCUACAUCCUAAUCGAGAAAAUACGGAUUACAGUGAUGCAGAUGUCAACUAUAUCCUGAAGCUGGUUCAUCGGUCGUCACAGAAGCUCAUCCAUAUCCUCUGCCUACCGGAAAUGAAGCUCUUCUUGGAUACAACUAGGCUGCUAGCCAAACAUACAGAUAAUUUAUUAGAUGAGGUCUGCAAAUACAUAAUUGAUGGGAAGCUUAUCCAGACGGCUGUUUUGCUCCUAGCAGCUCAAGAGCAGAUCCGUGGUGUAUCUUCCAGCAAGAAAGACUGCAAUUGUAAGCCAGAUGGGUUUUCUAUUAUCACUAACUGUGUUGUGGGCAAAAUUACCGCCAUACAAUUCGAGAUGUGUCAUAAAGGACUGGAACUGGAGCCAUUAGAGGCUAAAAAAAGACUUUUCGAUAUGACACUGACACUUGUUCAUGUAAUUUCCCAAGCUGGUGAAGCUCUUGAUUCUUACAUUCGGGCUCAUCCCAAGAAUUGUUUAAAAGGAGAAAUCCAAAUAGUAUCCCAAUUCAGAAAGUUCGAGAAAGGUUCUAUCCCAAUUCAGGAAGACGGAAAUUGCCGGUUGCUUCUUUUGUAUGAGCUUCUUCGUAAAAUUAUUGGAUUUUCACUGGCCGCGUCAUUCUAUCAGGACCGGGCUCUAACAUGGAAGGUGCCCUAUAUAAUACCAGUGUCCCAUGUGGAGGUCCUUGAACGUGUCUCGUUGAUAUUGAAGGAUUAUGGUCUUUGUUCUGGAGAAGGCAUAGAUAUUGGAAAUCUGUACUGUUCUGCACACCUUUUCAUUUCUUAGUUGACCAUAAUUUUGCAUAUGUAUGAUGUUCUUCUGAUUAUUUCUAUUUCUCGAAGCCGCCUCUAUGAGAACGUGGUGUCCACUGAAGAGCUGCCUCACAAACUUGGUAUGUGAGCGUGUGUGUGCGUGCUGUGUGUUGAUUGAAUUGUUUAUUUCAACAUUUGGGAAUAUAAACUCUAAUUUAUUCUGUGAUGGAACUAAAGUAGGACCGAUGGCCAGGAUCAAAGCAGGCACAGAUGAUUGUUUGGAAAAUGUAAAGGUAACUGAAAUAAUUAUGGUAAUCCCACUCCCCGUGCCACACUGCCUUUUUUGGCCAUGAUUUAUUCC